AUGUACUACUUGUGGCAAGUGCACAAAGGUUCUCGUGAAGACGUCGCCUCAACAGUUGUCUCCACCGAGUACGCUUUUGUCAGCGCUGCCGUCCUUGCCAACCGCGCAAGGCGACCAACUAGGGGCCUCACCGAAGAGUGGAUUCGCCAACAUACAGCUGCCGACCUUGCGGAAGGCAGACACUGGCUUAGCGACGGUACAGGAGAAAGCGGGCCCUCUUCAUUGAGUGGCUCAGUUUCUGGAGAACUUGACUGGCUCGAACCCUACGAUCUGCAAACGCCUCGAGCCCACACGAAAUAUGACUACUACCGAGGCCGAUCAGGCCCGCGGGCAUCCGCGGCCGAGGACGUGCCACCGCCUCCUUUGCCCAAGGACGAUCCCGUCCCCGCCACCCCGCCGAGGCCGGCUGCUGGCCUAAUGAAGGAGGGCAGGAGUCCCCGAUCCCCUGCCAAGUCCAACCUUUUGAGGGCAAAGUCGAGCGAGGCCGCAUCACAACUUCGAGCCAAGAAGAAGCCCAACCGCCCUCCCCAGCCUCUGAGGCCGGAAGAGGUGGAACGCAUGUUCCGGGAUUGGGAGGAGCUCGGCUACGACGUCCAUGGCUUUGACCUGAACCAAGACGCGCCAAUCAACCCUUGCGAGACUUCGCAGAGCCGGGCAUUCUGGCCUGAUCACCAAGACAUCGAGAGGGCGCAUCGCAACCGCGAGUUCACAGUUACCCUCCCCGAUCUAAAUGCUUGGCGGGACUACGUCAAUGAACUGAAUGAGGCAAAAUUGCGCGCUCUGGGCGUGUCCAGCACCGACGAAGAGGCUGCGCCGCUGCCCUCCAUUUCACCGGCCACUUCGAACACGAGCCGCAACCCUUCAAGUCAGCAUCCAGGGCAGCCCUUCUCCCCUCCGAUCCCUCCUUCAUCGGCCUCGAGCAGCCACUUCCCAUUCCCAGCGCCGUUUAUGCCCGGCGGACGUGGCUCUGCGCCUUCGCCGCAGAGCUGGUCUCAACAGUCUCUCCUCAUGCAGGCCGUUAACCGUGGUGAUUCACCUUCCUUGAGCAUGACAGGCCUCAUCUCCCCGUCCUCGCCGUUCCAAAUCAGCGGCAGCCCCGCCUUCAACACGCACCAGAGGCACCAAUCUUUGCAGUAUCCGUUGUUGCCGCAUCAGCAGGUGAUGCACUUCCCUGCUCGAGCCACCCCUACUCUUCACGAGCUUAGGGAGGUCGAUGAGGAGGGACUGAACAAGAGUCCUUCCAAGACGCCCGAACCUCUCAAGGACAACCAAGACGAGCUUCAAAGGGAGAUUGACGAAGCUGAAUACCACCUCGAGGAGCAGCUGCGUAACGAGCUAGAGCACGAAGAUUACAGCCCGCACAACCAAGACAACCGCGUGGACACGGGCAACGCCUACGGGUCGUCUCACGGGCGACACCAGUCGGUCCAAUUUGCUCUCCCCGAACAAGUCGUCGGCAACACCGGACCUGACCCUGUCCUGCAUCAUCCCCGGCCCCAUAGCAGAGGACACUCCCUCUCUCAUAAUUUCUUUAUGCGCCACGACGAGCCCCAGAGUGGCAGCGCCGAGAACGCUUUCGCUCGGUUUAACGCCCCGGUUGAGCCCAACCCUCAUGCGGUCGAGGAGGCAUACGAGAUCGAAACAAACCCCAGCAACCUCGGCACGCCUGUUCAGGACUUUGACUUUGCAAGCGUCCUCCAGCAGAAGGCGCACCAGCGUAACUUCUCUACCACGAGUAACCCUUGGAACGACUCUGCCUCUGUAACGAGUCACAACGGUACCCGCCGUCUAAGCCAUACCAGUAAGCCGUCAAUUUCGAAGCUCAAUGUCGAGGCCCCCGAGUUCAAAUUCAACCCCGAAAACUCGUUCCAACCUACCGCUACCUCGAGCCAGUUUAGUAUGUCGACAACGUCCAAGAUCAAUGCCAAUGCCCCCGUUUUCUCUCCGGGUCGAAGUGAAUUUAGCUUCUCCGCCUCUGGCCCCAAGUUCCGACCGGAUGCACCAGCCUUUACUCCCUUUGGCAGCAGCACCUUCUCCGACACCGUAACCAGCCCCCGCUCUGGAUCGGAGAGUGUGGGCAAGCGAACCAGCUCCAUCUUUGGCAACAUCGAAAUCCCCGCCGCUGAUAUCAUCAAGCCGGCCAAGAAAUCAAGGCUGUGCCAAUUGUGCGGCCCUCGAGUAGCCAAUAACUCUCGUGCCAAGAGAGCUCGCGCUGCAGACGCUGGUGAUGGCGAUUCGGUACCUCUAUUUGCCGACCCGACCAGCUUCCAGGAACAUGUCGCUUCCCCGACCAGCGAAGGCCAACAGCUUCCCUCCGAUAAUAGGUCUGGUGAUGAAGGUACUGGACUUGCCGAUACCUCGAUGUCUUCCAUGUUUACAGCGGAGGCAAAUGACGCCAAGCCUACUGCUGCUACCUCGGCAGUUGCGAGCCCGUCCGAGACCUCCCCUUACUGGGGGUCCUUCGAAUUCGAGAACAGGGCCGAUAUCCAGAACUUCAACAAUGCAUUGCCGCCUGGCGAGCGCCCGCCAUCGUUCAGGGGCCACAAGAAAUCUCUUUCUGCUACCGCGAAACCUUUUACGCCCGGAGGCUUUGGCUAUAGAGAUAUCCCUAAGCUCCCCGUGGAGCCUACCGAAGAGGCUGAGGACAUCUCGCAAGUGGAGGAGGUUGACACUCAGGAAGAGCCCGUCGCCGCCGAGAGCGACGAGGAGCUUGCGGUGGAGAGCGAGGGCGAGCCAGCUGAUGCCACGCCCAUUCGACAGCCGACCCCGCCCCUCUCCUUCAUCGGAGGUCUUGCCGCCUCUCGGUUUGCCACUGCUUCGCCCGAGCCCCAAGUGGAAGAGAUUCUGUCCCCAGAGUCUGUCCACGCGAAUGACUCGGAUCGCGCAUUGUCUGUGGCCCGUUCGCCCUCGCCACUAUCAGCCCUCUCUGCAGAGGAGGAUGUAGAUGCGGAGCACUUCAAUGUGGAGCCCCUACCUGCUGAAGAAGAUAACUUCAUUGACGAAAUUCCGUAUGAAGCAGAGCCUUUGGAUGCGACCACCGAUGCCUCUGCACUUGUUGAAGAGACUGGAGAAGCGGCCGAGGUGCCUAGUCUUUCCUUCGAGGAGAUCGAUGCUGUCAUGCGUCAUAUCAACGACCAUGACCCCACCAAGGGGGUCAACAGAAUACAAGAUGGAUCACCUCAGUGGCAUCAGCCGAGCCCGACUCGCCAGAUUCCGCUCAACAUCGUCAAUGCCGAGUCUCCCUUGCAUCUGCCUCCCAGCCAGCACUUCCGUAGCGACGCGCCAAGCCCUAGCCCUCGCCGCUACCACGCUCUCCCUGGCGAAGUUGUCCAUCCCCAGAUGACGACGGAGCUGGAUGACCCGUUCGUCGAUGGCCCAGGAAGCAUCCAGUCCUUUGAAGGUGCGGUGCAGCGUCUUGGCGGUAGCCACACCCUUCCAGCUAGCGACUGGGACCAAGACUUUAGCGAUGCUGAGCACGAGAAGCUCGAGGGGCGAGUCCAGUUCUUCGAUGGCCGCGUCAACGAUGUGGUUAGCAACAUCUUGGCCUCCCGUCUCGAUCCCGUCGAGAGGUCUCUGGAGUCUAUCCAGCAAUUGCUUCUCGAUUCUGCUACCCGCCGCGGUACCUCAUCUCGCCGCGAGCGUCGUAGCGUGUCCCAGGAAAGUGAUGCAGACGAUGAGGAUGAUGAGGAGCCUGCCCCUCGCCGUUCCAUGAGCCCUCAGCGCAGCCGCCGUAACGACCAAAUCCGUACUGCCGUUCUUGAUGCCCUCGUCUCCCACCAACGUGCCCAGCCUCAACUUACCGUCCCGGAUGUCCCCGUUCCUGAUAGCUCACAGGUGCUCCAGGCGCUGGAGGACCUCAAGGAUCACUUGGGCAGCUCGAUGAGGCUCGACUUCCGUGGCGAUGAUCUUCGCAACAUUGUCGAGGAAGCCGUUGAGCGCCCCAAGGUCAUUGACCUCGAGCAACGCCUUCAUAUCGAGCAGGUCAAGGUCGAGAAGGAGGUUGAUGACCGCCGUGCCGCUCAGGACCGCGCCGCCGAGCUUAGCCGUACUCUCGAAACCGCCGAGACCAAGCUUGUGGUGGAGAUCUCGAACCGGAGUGCCUUUGAUCAACGCAUCGGCGACCUCGAAGAGAAGCUGCGCACCCAAGAGGAGCAGACCGAAGGUGAACUCAAGGGCCGACGCGCGGCAGAGGAUAGGCUCUCUGAGGUCCAGCGCCUCCUCCGCAUCUCCACCGAGGAGGAGACGAGGCUACGCGAGACCCUCGAUGAAAGGGAUCAACGAAUCAAGGCCAUUGAGCACUCUAGCGGAGAGGCGACGAUGCGCCUCGCCCGACUAGAAGCCGCCGAGACGAACUCUACCCAAUCCCGUUCCGAACAGACGAACCGGAUCAACGUCAUGGAAAGCGAUCUUCGCAACGUGAAGCAAGAGGCCGCGCAUUGGAGGUCGGAAGCAGAGCAUGCCGGAGAAAAGGUACGACGCUUGGGCGCCGAUCUCGACCAGGCUCUGAACGAGAAGAAGCACCUCCACAAGGUGCUCGACACUCUGGGCACGCAGCUCGAGGAGAACGAGCGUGUUCGCGAAGCCUGGAGGGGCAAGUUCAUGUCCAUCCAAGAAGAUAUGGCUAGGGCGGCCGCUCAAAUCACCGAAGAGAACGCACGCCGGAGCAAGAAGGAGCAAGCCCUCAUUGCUCGCCAAGAAGUACUCGACGCCAAGCUGCAAGCGGAGGCUCGAACUCGGGAGCGAUUGGAGACGGAGCUCGAGCGUCUCGAGGGCAUCGAGCGUCAAGGCAUGCGCGCCGUGAACGAGUCUAAGCGGCUCGAAACAAUUCUUGGCGAGCUCCGAAACGAGAACCACCAGCUGCACCAGACUGCCACGCGAUACCAACGAGAGUUUGAAGAAGCGCGGGAGUCGGGCGCUAGCGAGGUUCGUCGUGUCCGAGUGGCGAUGCAGGCCCAGCUUGACGAGGCCAACAAUCACGUCAACAUGGUGAGGGAGGAUCUUGAGGAGCAGAUCUCAAAGCUCAGGGGUGAACUUGACCACACCCGAAUCGACGUUGACUCGGCCAAGGCCCAGAGCGAGAUGCUCUUGGAGGAGGCUCACUCCAACAAGACGACCGAGAUCCAGACGCUGAUGGAGAAGCACCAAAACGAGCUAGAGGAUAUGCAAACCCGCCAUGAACGACAACUUACCAACGCCGUGGACGAUGCACAGACGAGGGAAGAGCGCUUGCUAGAGCGCUUGAGCUUGUCGAGCUCGAGGACCGAGCACCUACAGGACCGCAUCAUCCACCUCGAGGAAAAGCUGGAGAUUGCCAAGGAGGCCGCCCGUGCUGCCGCUCAAGCUGCAAAGACGGCGCCUGUAGAGUCCGUCGUCCCGUCAUCCCCGUCAACCCGACGCCGGCCCAGCGCACUGCCCGAGAAGAUUUCCCCGCAGGCCCUGCGCGAAUCAAUCAUGGUGCUCCAGGAGCAGCUGCAGGAGCGUGAGCAGAGGAUCGAGGAGCUGCAGCACACGGUGGAUGGCCUUGACCCAGAUGCCGAGAUCAAGAUUACCAAGCGCGACGAAGAAAUUAUCUGGCUCCGAGAACUCCUUGCAGUAAGGCACGGCGACCUACAGGACAUUAUCGGCGCCCUCUCGGCUGGUAAUUAUGAUCGCGCUCGCGUCAAGGACGCGGCUAUCCGCCUCAAGGCCAACCUCCAAAUGGAGGAGCAAGAGCACACUCCGAGAGGCCGCGACCCCCGUGUAGCCCAAGCUGUCGGUCCAAUUGCCGCGGCCUGGGGAAGCUGGCGCAAGGCGCAGCCCUCGCUAGGCAGUCUUUCUGGCGUGCUCUCAUCACCGGCGUCGGUGAACGGCCGAACUCACACGCCCUCAAAGGUUGGACCCUCGACCCAGGGCAACAACAGCCUCCUGGGUGGCCUCUUGACACCUCCCGCCUCUGGACUCCGUCAGACGCCACCGACGGCGUUCCCAUCCGCCCAGCCGGCUGCGUUUAGCACUGGCGGCCGCCGCUAUACCGGCCAGCGGAGCGAACACACUAGCCGUGCAUCCAUUUCGUCCAGGCGGUCAGAAAAGAUGCCCGCCGUCGGAACACCCCCGCCACACGGAACGCCCAGAGCCAGUCACUCCUCCAAUGAUGGAGCGAAGCGGCUACGACUCUGA